CCACUCCUUCGUCAGGCUUGACGACAAACAAUAAAAAAAACACAAAAGACAGGGCUUAAGAAUUUGAAAAUUCCCGCGACGGCUGUGAUUUGUUCUCGCGAGAGCUCAGACUGUUUUCCCCCCCCUUCAUCCCUCCUCCUUCUCCUCCUGCCUGCCGGUGAGGGAUCGUGGGUGGGUGGAGGAAGAGGAGGUUGCUGCGCAGACAGAUACCGAGCGAGAGCGCGCGGCGUCGGUGAGGUAUUGAGCAGGCCUGGCCCAGAUAGUCCGACAGAGGAGGGACACACGUUCGCCGGCCUUCCCCAACCGCUACUGCGGAAGCGAGAGAGAUGUCCCCGUUUUGACUGAAGACCGAGCGACGCGACGGAGGCGGCGAUACCCGCCUCAGAAGCAGUGAAGCAUGCGAAACCUAACAGCUCACGUAACCAGCAGCCUGCUGCAAUUUCCAGAAGUGACUGUACAAGCACUUGGGGAAGAUGAGAUAACGAUAGACUCUGUACUUCAUGGGAAAUUUACUGGAGGACGAAGUGGGCUGGCUUGUUUGGCAUGUGGGCCUCAACUUGAGGUAGUAAACCCAGUCACCGGAGAACGGCUGUCUGCAUAUCGUUUUAAUGGAGUGACUGAACAGCCUCCCACUAUUCUUGCAGUGAAAGAGUUUUCCUGGCAGAAAAGAAGUGGACUACUAAUUGGCUUGGAAGAAACAGAAGGAAGUGUUCUGUGUUUGUAUGACCUUGGAAUAUCAAGAGUCGUUAAAGCAGUUGUUCUUCCUGGAAGGGUUACUGCCAUCGAACCCAUAAUUAACCAUGGAGGAGCCAGCUUGACAACACAACACUUGCACCAGAGUCUCAGAUGGCUGUUUGGUGUGGCUGCUGUGGUCACAGAUGUUGGACAUGUCCUCCUGAUUGAUCUUUGUCUGGAUGACUUGUCAUGUAGCCAAAAUGAAGUAGAGGCAUCAGAUCUAGAAGUUAUCACUGGAAUCCCUCCUGAAAUCCCACAAAUAAGGGAAGCUAUAACAAGGAAGGGUCGGCAUCUUUGUUUCCAGUUACUGAACCCAUCAGGAACUGCUGUGACAACUCUCUCAUACAUACACAGGAGCAACCAGUUAGUUGUGGGGUUUUCUGAUGGAUAUCUCUCACUGUGGAACAUGAAAAGUCUGAAGAAAGAAUACCACUCCCAGUUAGAAGGAGGUAGAAUUCCUGUCUACGCUGUUACUUUUCAAGAACCUGAAAAUGAUCCUCGCAAUUGUUGUUACUUGUGGGCUAUUCAGUCAACACAAGAAAGUGAAGGGGAUGUUGUUAGUUUACAUCUACUGCAGUUGGCUUUCAGUGAUAGAAGGCGUUUGGCAUCAGGACAAAUCAUGUAUGAGGGUUUAGAAUACUGUGAAGAAAGAUACAGCCUAGACCUCACAGGUGGAGUAUUCUCUUUGAGAGGGCAGACUAGCAACACCAAAUUAAUUGGUUGUCAAACUGUAGAGAAAUUUCGAAGUCAUGUUGACAGAGAAGAUGGUAUUAAUGAAGUCAUAUCACCUGACACAAGUGUAUCGAUCUUCAGCUGGCAAGUAAACACAUAUGGUCAAGGCAAACCCUCUACCUAUUUAGGUAUAUUUGACAUAAAUCGCUGGUAUCAUGCUCAAAUGCCAGAUUCAUUAAGGCCUGGGGAAUUUCUACACAAUUGUCCUUACUUUGCAUUAUGGUCCCUGGAUGCUGUAGUGAGCAUGACAUCUCCAUAUCGCAUUUUGGAUGUCUUGGUUCAUGAGCGAAGCUUAAGUCGUGGUGUGCCUCCUUCAUAUCCUCCACCUGAACAAUUUUUUAACCCAAGCACCUACAACUUUGAUGCCACUUGUUUGCUGAACUCUGGAGUUGUUCAUAUGACUUGCACAGGAUUUCAAAAGGAUUUGUACAUGAAGGUCAGAAGAUCCUCCACUGUGGAAGUUUUCACUGGAAUAGAAAAUAAGCACCCCAUGUCUGCAUGUGCACAGAACUUCACAAGGUUCUUUGGAUUCCAGUCACUCCAGACCUUGCAUUUCUUAAAAAAAUCUGCUGGUUCCUUAAAUGAAGCCAUUCCUGAUAGGUAUAAUAGAUGUCUUGUAGCAGGCUUGCUUUCUCCACGAUUUAUUGAUAUACAGCCUUCAAGUCUGAGUCAGGAAGAGCAAUUUGAAGCUGUAUUAUCAGCUGCUAUCCAAACUAGUUCUUUAGGGCUCCUCACUAGCUACAUCAAACAGUGGACUGCUGAAGAGCAACCAGAUUCUGCACCUAAUCUGCGCUUUGUUCUUGAAUGGACAUGGAGUAAAGUGGUUAGCACUAAAGAAGACUUUGUUCAACUAUGUGUCCCACUAUUUGAUGGGUCAUCUAACUUUAUUGGUCCACAAACGCUACAGUCUUUGCAGCACUGCGAGUUGCUUCUUAGCAACCUUAGCACAGUUAUGAACUGUUUUGUAAUGGAGGCACAAGAACUCACAGAAAAAGGCAUUACAGAUCUAACAAAUAAGCAAGUUGUAACCAGUCUCCUUUCACAGUACGUGCAAGUGGUCAUUUGGUUCUGUCGAUCCAGCCUUCUUCCAGAAACGUUAGAUGAAGAUAUGCAGUUGUCAAAACCUUUCUAUAAUUACCAACAUAUACAGCGCUUUUAUGUUAGCUGCCGUCAGAAACUGGAACACUUAUCAAGAGGCAAAUGGAACCCCGAUUGUCUGAUGAUUGAUGGAAUGAUUUCCCAGUUAGGUGAUUCAGUUGUGAAGUUGUGGCAGAGAGAUGAUGGAGGAACAGGGAAAUACCCACCUCCUACAUUACAUGCAUUACUUGACCUCUACUUGUUAGAAAAUAUUGAAGAUCUCUACAAGCAUGCCACUACAAUUUAUUUACUAUUGGACAUCAUGCAUUCUUCUCCAAACAAGACUGAUACUUCAGUGGACUCUUUCCCAACAGCCUUUGCAAUCCCUAUAGGUCUGGUUAACUUGAUUCAAGGUUUUUGGUGUUUGGAUCACAAUGACUAUGAGACUUCUCUGACCUAUCUGUUUCAUCCAGCUACAAUCAAAUUGCCUUGGCAACACAUGAGGAUAAUUCAGGUCUUGAUGUGUCAUGGUGAGCAUAGGCGAGCCCUCCGAUACAUACAAAUAAUGAAGCCAUCAAUGAUGAGCAGCGGUGAAGUCGCCCUUCACCUUACUGUCUUGCUGUUUAACAGUUGUAUGGUGGAAGCUUGGAGUGUGCUGCGGCAGCAUGCUACCCGGUUAAAUGUAGAAGAUACGCUUAAGCAUGUAUACGAAAUUUGUCAGGAACUGGGACUGAUGGAAGAUUUGUUAAAACUACCAUUCACAGAAAAUGAACAGGAGUGUCUAGAGAAGUUCUUGCAGACAAGUCCUGGUGUUAACAAUCAUGAGUUCCUCUUAGUUCACCACCUUCAGCGUGCCAACUACAUUUCUGCACUACAGCUGAAUCAAUCACUGAAGACUAAUCUCAUGAAUGAUCGAGAUCCCCGCUGGAGAGAGAGAUCAGUUGCCAGAAAUUCUAUAUUAGACCAGUAUGGCAAAGUUCUACCCAGAGUACAAAGGAAGCUAGCUGUAGAGCGAGCCAAGCCUUACCAUUUGUCGUCUUCACUGCGGCGGGAAAUUUUAAGACCAAAGCCACUGUCAACAGUUGCAAAGCCGGUUACUGCAGGAAAUGUAGCUACAAAAGCAACUUUCAUCAAUAAUGUACUGUCCAAAAUUGGAGAGGUGUGGAUGGGAACUGAACAGAAAAAUAAGUUAUUUCAAAAUGAUACAACUGAAGAACAACCAUCUAGAGUGGAUUCUUGCACUGAUACAGAGCUACCAGAUCCAUUUGUUGGGACACCAGUUACUAAAUCUUUAAGAAAAUGUUCCAGAUUGCUUGACUUGGUGGUCCAGCCUCUUCCUCUUGAUUCACCUUCCAUUGGAAGUAGUCUGCGUAUGUCGCCAAGAGCUUCUGCUUCCUGUAUGCUUUCUAGUCCAUUGCAUUCCAACCCUCAAUACUCCCUAUACAAGAAUGUUAGAAGAGCACCAGAAUUAAAACUCCUAGAAACUCCUCCAGUUGUUAAGAGGGCUAAAGCUUUGACAUCUACAUCUUCCUCCGGCUUUCCUGGCUUUACUCCUCAAUCUAUUUUGAGAUCCAGUCUUCGCACUACUCCUUUAGCUACUCCAACUGCAUCACCAGGAAGGUCUGUCACACCCCCUCCACGUGCAAAAGAAACAAAAAUAUCAUUUAUGGAAGAAAGCAAAGCUUCAGAAUGGACUGCUGUGAUUACAGAUCAUAGAACAAAAUACAGUACAGUGUCAUCUGAAUGUAUUCGUGAAGCUCAAACAGAAGAUACGUGGUCUAAGAAUAGAGAAACUCCCUCCUUUUCAGCAUGCAGCCUUCGGGAAGACCACAAAGGAACAGACUUGUCAUCAGAAUGCAUACCAGGCCACAAUUUGAAUACAAGUAAACCUUCCAAAGAAGCUAGUUACACUUCUGUCAGAUCAGACCAAACUACUUCAGAGUAUCAUGAUGCAAAAUCACCAGGUGACCAUGAUACUUUCAGAGAGUCUCAGCCAGCUGCUUUUUUUUCUGAAGAUCUUGUAAACAUACCAGUGUCAACUGAGAGAGAAGGCAACAAGAUAGUAGCAAGCGAUCCUUUGCAAAUGGAACAGCAAACAUCUCCAGAUGGAGAACAAUCAGCUAGGUUCUCUGAAAGAGAAGACAAAGAAUAUGGCUCGCUUCCUGAGGAUGGAGUAUUUGCGAUGCAUCACUUAAAUGCUAUUCCUGACACUGUAGUCACUUUUGUGCCAUCUAAUGAAAGUCAAACAAAUGUCCUAGAAUCCAGCCUGCCACCAUUGCUGGAAGACAAUGGAAUCCUUGCUGAAAUAAGUACCCAAUCUAUGGAACCAAUAGGAACAGAUGCCGAAUCUGUCAUAAGUAUUCCUGAUAGUGAAGACAUUGUCAGUGUUCAUUCCAAAAAUGAACUUGAAGAAAAAGAAGCUGAAGACAGAUCAAAAGAAGCUGUGGUCACAGAAAAUAUAGUCAUUCUUCAAGAGAAAACACAAUCUAAUAUUGAACCUGUAAAUCAAGAAGUAAAUCUUAUUGGUGAUGGAGCACAUGAGGUACAUGUGUUAGAAGCUGUAGUUGAGGCCCUUCCAUACAAUGAGUUGUGUCCUACAAGCAGUCUGAAAUAUCAGUACAGCUGUGACUCUAUAGAACAGCAGGUUACACGUGAAUUACUUGAUAAAGUUGCCACUGAAUCUGACUUUACUGAAGGAGAUGGAGAACUGCUUUUGUCUCAGAACAACUUUACCUUAAUAUUAGAAGGGGAUGAAGAAACUGAGAUAGGAGACUCUACUGUAUUGCAUACUUUCCCUCUUAAAUCAUCAAGCCCCAAAUUAGAUGUGUGUGUGAAUAGCACCGGAAGUAACAGUCAAGAAUUAAUUACAAAUUCAGUGUCCACUGUAACUAGCGAUCAGAUGUCACAAAAUACUGCUGAGGUAUUGCCUUAUGUACCUGAACCUAUUCAGAUGGUUAUUGCUGAAAACCUGUUGGAUGUAAUCAAAGACACAAGAAGUAAAGAAUUUUCAACUGAAGUAGUGGAACAGUCUCUUCAUGAAAGUAUAAGCAAGAAGGUAUUAAGCUCCCCCCAGGCACCUCUACAAAAUGUUUUCGAAAUAAAUAAGGAUAUAAAAUUGGGUCAAGUGGAAAACUUGGUGAUGUCUAACACUAGCUCAGCAGAACAGAUGACACAAAACUUAAAUGUCCUAUUACCUGAUGAUCAGCCACUGACGCAAAUGGAUAAACCAGCUCUGUUAGUACUGCCGACUCCAAGGAGAAGUGCUAGACGAGCAAGAGGGACUUUGAAUAUUCCUGAAAGUCUUCCCCUCAAUUCUGAACAAGAACCUCAAGAAGAACAGGCACCACUGAUUCUUGCUUUUCCAAACAGAGAUACCAAGAAAACAAAGGGGAGUGACUUAAAAAUAUCAGCAAACGUUCAGCCACUUGCACAGGAAUUUCAGGCAACUAUUACAACAAGGAGAGGAGUUAGAAAACCAAAAGAGGCUGUAUCAAAACUUAAUGAGCAUCCAAAUGAGCAACCCCGUUCUGCUUGCAGGAGAACUCCCAGAAGUAGAAGAAGUUUAGUAGGGGAUCAGGAAAGUAGUCAGUUUAUCAUUGACCAUACUAUUCAGAUGACAGUCAAUCCUAAAAGUGCAAGAAAACUAAAAACGAUUGCUUUCCAGCUUGCAGAGAAUGUAAUUUCAGAUCAGGAGGUGGAACCUCAUGAACAGCGGCUGAGUACACCACCAAGAAAAGGAAGGCCAAGAAAGCAUGGCAUACAGAAAGUGAUGGCUCAGUCAGAAAUUGAAGCUGGGAAGUUGCCAUUACCUACUCCAGUUAGAAGGGGCAGAUCUAGAAAGUUAAGUCUACUGGAAGCCAUUUCAGAACAUGACAUACAGCCAAGUGAACCAAAGGUACCUAUAUCAAAUGAGCAGGAGAGAGCACGAAGCGCAAGUAUAUCAGAAACUGUUACUGAUCGAGAGACUGAGCUUAUUGAACAGCUGCCUGUGCGGCGUAGAAGAGGCAGACCAAGAAAGAAUCCUUUGGAUGUUUCAGCAAAUUUGGGACUGGAUUUGUCUCUGUCAUCUCUUCCGCCGUCUCAGACAGAUGCUUUUGCCACUACUAGAAGAAAUACUAGGAGAGGGGCAUUAAAUCUUUCUACAAGUGCAGGCUAUUUAUCUUCUCUAGAAGAGACUUCAGUGGACACCACAAAGAGGAAAUCUGCAAGGAUCAUGUCAGUGAGUAUAGAGAAAAUGGAUACAGAAGAAUGUAUUCUAGAAGAACAUUCUGUCCAGCCAAGUGAGUCAGAGACUUUAGCAAGGAGUUCUAAAAGGAGGCAAUCUAAGAUGACAGUAAUCAGAAAGAGGAGCCAGCUACCAUCUCUCUCUGAGGAAGGUACAGAGAAGGAGGAACACUUGCCACAAGCAGCUGAUAGCACCGUGGGAUUGCAUUCCACAGACAUGACCAAACUGAGGCUUGGAGAAACAAGGAGAACUUUAUUGCAUCGUGGUACUCACAUAAAAAGGACCAGACACAGCAACAAGAGUGUGAAACACAGUCCCUCCCUGGAUGGAAAUGAGGCCUUCUAUUUUUCUCCUCCUCUUACAAAGCUCACAGAAAAAUCUAAAGGUGAGAAAGUAGUGACUCCUGUGCAACUCAAGGAUUUCAAGGCAAACCUGACGUCUCGGUUUGUCUUCUCACCCCCUGUUUUGAGAUCUAGGAAAAAACAAGUGCCCAGUAUUUCAAGGAUUGUGGAAGAGUUGGAAUUACCAGUUAAAGAGGAAAAGGAUGCUAUCUCAAUAGAGACUUUAGAAAAGCAGAGAAACAGAGCUACAAGGUCAAAAGCAACAAAAACAAGCAAAGUCCUAGGAAAAGACGGUAGUUGGUCACCACCACCCAUGGAGAUUAAGUUCAUUUCUCCUUUUGGCACCCCAGUAGGUGGGACAAAAGGCAAAGAGAAGGAGUCUGUGGAUAAAGCAGAAAAGGCUGUUCAAAAGACUGUUCGUAGGAACGAGAAGAGACUGUCUAGCUAUCCAAAGCCAGUUGUUCGGAAGAAAAUGCUAUAAUGGUUUUUUUAUGUGUAUUAUACACCCAUGUUUGUAAAGUCAUCAGAAUUGUGUGGAAUAUUAAGAAAAAUCAUCUAAUUUGGAAGAUAAUUUAUAUAAAUUAUUGUAAAUUUCAGAAAACUAAAGGUCUUCAAUAAGUAACUCCAUGUGGAGUGUGAUUUCUUCAGUCAGUGCAGGUUUUCUAUUUUAUAAGACUUCAUACAUUUAUAUAAUAUGUAAAUAAUCUUAUUUUAGGAAUGUUAAAUAAAAUGUAUACAUAACAAUGAUUAUUGUCCACUAGAUUUUUGAGAGAGAGAAUAACAGAGGUGUCCGCAGAGAAAUCAAAGGGGAUUUUAAUGAUGGCUUGUCACUGUUGGUGCUUCCCGAAUGGGAAGCUAAUCUUUUUUUAACAGUUUGAUCUUGCAAUGUUUUUAAAAAUUAAAAUUUGGCAGUUUUAGGAUUUAUAGAAAAUGUUUUGACCUUUUGGGAAUUGGUUAUAGGGGUUAUCCAUUGCAUACAGAUUCCUUACUCUCCUGGUUGAACAUGUACUUUAUUGAAGUCGGAAUGUAAACAAUUGUACUGAAGCUGUGCAAUAUUUUUUUGUAUUUGUCUUAACUUGAGAAAGCUGCUCUUCAGUUUAUAAAACAAAGUCUCGCCUCGGA